AUGACUACUUUGUCGAUCUCAGAAGACAAUCCCUUUCAGAUAUUGAUUGCAGAGUCAAACGAUGAUCCGACUCAAUUGCAAUCAUGUUACGAAACCCAUCGCACGAAUCGGAAUGCACAGCAGAGGGCAAAGAUUCUGGCAGAAGACUUCCCAGGCUGGUCUUUAGAUGAGGUCCUGCGCCGGCUUGAUGGCCCUGCCAAAGAAGAAGGCUAUCUUGAUCCUCGCAACUGUCUCGUCAUCUGGGCUAGACCCCCUCCUCAUAUCCGAGACUUGAUCGCCUUUGUCCAAAGCAAAUUGAAAGAUGUUGCUCCAUCAAUUUGGCUGAUGCCGCCCGAAAAUCUCCACACGACCGUACUGGAAGUGGCCCAUUCUUUGACAGAAGUCCAGAUUGAAGAGCUUGUCCAAACCUUGAAGUCAUCGAAGAAUGUCACCGAGGUGGACAUCUCAGGGUAUCCCCUCAAACAUCAAACCCGGCUUUUGAAGCCAAUGGUGAGCUUUGACUCUGCGGCAAUUGCUCUUAGCUUCGUUCCCGCUGCACACGAAGGCCCAGCCGAGGGUCCUGAGGGCCAUGGUGAUCAGUACACAUAUCAUCACCUUCGUCGGGACAUUUUCGACUUGGUUCGGCAAACUGCUCUCCCUGUUGCUUCACGGUAUAUUGUUCCGUCAGCUCACGUUACUAUCGCACGAUUCAUCAAUCAUGACGGAUUUCUUGUUAAUCAAGCAGAAGGUGGAGAAGCGAUCGAUCCUUCUCGAGUCAAAGUGCUGGUUGAUAAAAUUGAUCAUAUCAACGAAACCUUGGCGAGCCAGUAUUGGCCAGGGGCUGACGGUAGCUAUCCGAAAGAAGGUGAAUGGGUUGUUGGACAGGAUCAGGGACUUGUGAUACGGAGAGGCCCCCUGUGGUAUGGAGGCGGUCAAAAUGUAUAA